CCAAACCCGAAGUCCAAGGCAAAGGACCAUCAAGAUGCCUUGUCAAAGCGACUUGCACUUUGGAAGGACGGUGAUAUCAGUAAGCUAAUACGUGAGGGACGAAUCAUACAAAGUCGUAUUGGAAAAUUUAAAGGAUCAAACCACCCCGAUAAAGCUAAAGUCUUUGCUAAGCUUGUGCUAGAAGGUCAAAUCAACUCAGCCCUUCGCUUCCUGAGUGAAACCUCAAAUGGCCGCGGCGUGUUAACGUUAACUGACGAUGUAAUGACGCAAUUAAAACAGAAGCUUCCUGAGCCACAACCAGCAAAACUCGGAUCG